UUACCGAAAAAUUAUUUGCUGCACCCGAACAGACCUAUACAGUAACAGCUGUUAUUCUUUGGCGCCACUUUGAAUCAAAUGAGCGAUUUGAUGUUAAAUAGUCGCUUUCAAUUCAUCCUUCGGAAGUUGAAACAAUUUACUUGUUAUUGUUAAUGUAAUAGCAAAAGGGUGAAAUGGCUUAUGAAGUAAAUGAGAGUUUACGGAUUGUAUUUCAGGCUAUAAAAGAAAGAUGCAGUAGACCAGUUCUCUUGGACAAGUUUGAGUUGAAAAUGUUGUUUCAAAGCUUAAGACCGUUGGAGCAGUUGCUAGCUGCACGGUUUUUCUGCAAAUUGCCAUGGAAUAUAGGAAGUUUGCGAGUUUUGGCUGUUCUGCAAUCGGCGAAUGUGCUUACUGCAAGUAAUUAUAUAUUAAGCCUGGAGAACGAUGAGGAAAUGCAGUUGAUUCUGAAUGAUUUUCUCGAAGCAGAAUUUGAAUUAUUAAAAGAAUUGUAUACCGUGGCGCAUUAUGAUAGCAACAAUGCAAUAAGACUAAAUGACGCGCUUGAUGAGUGUCUUUCCAGGCUGUAUACAGAUUUAAUAGAGAACCCGCAACUAAACGAUUUAACUUACAUAAACGGCAUUACGAAAAAUAUGCCAACUGAUUUUACAGUAAGUUUGAUGCAGAGGCACAUUGGUACUGUCUUGGAUUUACAUAAGAGCAAUGCCAAAACAGCUUUUGGCAAUUUUUCAAACUGGAUCAAUGAGGGCGUAGAUGAAAUUCAAUUCACUAAGGGAUUGUAUGAAAAAUUACUUCGGCAUUCUGAGCAGGAAGCGAUUUCUUACCUUUUUAAGUUGUCUUCUCUGGAGCACUUCAGUCAAUGGAAAUUUUAUUUGAUUCUUUUACAAACAAUUUCAAGUAAAUGCAGUGAGGAAAAUUCGGCAUUUAUACGAAAAUACUUAAGAACAAGACUAAGUCAAAUAGUGGUACUUCCUAAACUCGAGUGUAUGCUUCAUUUGCUGCUUACGGUACGAGCCGCAACCGCAAUAACGAUGGAUAUUGACAAAAAUAUAACGGCAUAUGCUGAUUGGUACAAACGAAAUAUUUCUGAUAUGAAAUUCGUUUUACAAGUAGAGGAAUUCAAAACUGUGAUUGAUCUUUUGGAACAAUGCAUACCUUAUGAAUCAUUAGAGGAUUAUUUAGAGAUUCACGCUACUUUCUCCAUAUCUCCACCUAUACAUUGUGGCAAAAUAGUACAAAGUUACAAAAGUAAAUGCAAAGCGCAGUUGGCCAAAAUAAAGUUAAAAGCCAAACAGAGCAAUGAACCCGAAGAGACCAAAGCUAUAGAUGAUUGUAUUUAAAUAAACUUAUUUUUUAAAUGCAAGUACAUAUUUAUUAUAUUCAUUCA